AUGGAAAUUAGAUGUUUUCCUUGCCAAUGCGGUGUUCUGGAUAGCUCUCAUAUAAUCUUAUCUAACCCUCCCAACAAUCAUGAAGAUUCUCUAAUUAGUCGCCACCAUGUUCAAAGCAUAAAUGCAAUGACAGUUAUAAGAAAUUCUAAUCUUUGGAACAAUUUCAAAAAAGGAGAGCUUCCUUUUAAUGGUGCUGUAUUUUUUGCGGACUCAGCUUACUCAUGUCAAGAAUGGUUAAUUCUACCUUUUCCUGGUGAUCCAGACGGUGCACAAAAACGUUUCAACAUAGCGCAUAGGAAAAUCAGAAACAUAUUUGAUCGUUGUUUUAGCAUUGUCAAAAACAGGUUUUAUGCAUUGAAAAUAAGAAUUCUCGUGGAUAAGGUUGAAGAUACCUAUAAGCUCAUUAUGUGUGGAUUUGUGAUUCGUAAUCUGUGUCUUCGACAUGGAGACAACGCUAAUGAUUUUGAAAACGGCGAAGAAGAACAUGUUAUGAAAAUCUAA